CACUAUACACAUCUAUAUAUAUAGACUAGCUAGGUAGGGGAAGCCAAAUCAUCUUUAUCAAUCUGUGCUAAGCUUUCAGUUGAUUAUAAGCUACUUCGUUUCUUGGUAUAACUUUCACUAGCUAGGAAAAUAUGGCCUCUCUAAAGGGUAAGUUGGAGACUGAAAUAGAGAUUAAGGCAGAUCCUCAGAAGUUCUACGAAAUCUUUAAGAAACAAGCCCACCAAGUUCCCAACGCCACUCCUGACCAUAUACAGGCAGUUGAGGUGCAUGAAGGUGAUUGGGAGACACAUGGCUCCAUCAAGCUCUGGAAAUACACUGUUGAGGGGAAUGCCGAGGUUUUCAAAGAGAAGGUUGAGUUUGAUGAUGCAAGCAAGACAGUAACUCUUGUUGGUGUUGAAGGAGAUGUUAUGAAGAGUUACAAGACCUUUAAGCCCAUCUUUAAGGUUACUCCCAAGGGUGGUGGCAGCUUGGCGACAUUGAGUAUUGAAUAUGAGAAACUGAGAGCUGAUGUUCCUGCGCCAAACAAGUACUUCACCAUGAUGCUUAAUAUCGCUAAGGAUGUUGAUGCACAUCUUGUGAAGGCAUGAUAAAAGGGAUGUGUCCUGAUCUACUCCUAUUAAUUAUAUAAUCAUAAAAAGCAAGCACUGUGUAUUUUUGCUUGUGUAUUAAUGUUUUGGGAGCAGAUCUCUCUACUGGAGUUCUUAUCGUACGUGUCUGUAUUGAAUAAGUGAAGAGCAUGUGGUUUUAUUGCUCAUUAUGUCUUCAAACUAGUAUUUGUAAUCAGCUUUUAUGG